CCUCUGCACUGGAGAGAAGUCCACGCAUAGGUCGGAAGAAAGGGGGAAACUUCAUGCUGUCGUCCUGUUCAACUUCGUCAGCUUGGUCGAAUUGGGUGGUGCGUGGGCUGGUCUCUGCAGCUCCGCUCCGCUCCAUAUCCGAUUUGUACAGCAAGAUCCUCGUCGCUCCAGGUGGUUUCUUUCUCUUUUCCCAUCUUGUUCUGUUUCCGUUUUGGUUCUGUCUGAUUCAGCUGAACGUACAGUUGUGGGCUUGUUGGUCAGCUUUAUCGUCAUAAGUGAGAAAAAGGGUUGCUCUUGCUCAGCUUAAUGUCCAGACUGUGCUUGGUCCAUGUAAAAUCCCAAAAAGAUGUGAGAAUCAUGGUGAAUUUGAAUGACCCAUUCGGAAAAAAAUAUUCUAACAGCUACAGCUCCUUGGCAUGAGUUGUGGGAUUUUUGCAAGUUUUCGGAAUCUAGCUCGUAAGUGAAGGAGUUGAAUGUUCUGAUGAUGUCAUGGUGAGUAGAGCUUGUUGGUGGGACAGAUGAAUCAAUGGAGGAUGAUUUCGAAGUGAUCCGAAACGUGGAACGGCACUUCCAUUUUCAUGCUUUUUCCGCUUUUAGGCGUGUUUUGAAUUUGUUAUCUUCUAUAAUGUUAGGUGAUUCGGUGUCAUAAAACUUUGCUUGAUAUGUGAUGGGGAUCCAAACAACGGGAUCUCAAAAUAAUGGGCUUGAGGGUCACUUGCAACCACCAUUGACGAGGCAAAGCUCACGGUGUAGCCUCGCCCUUGAAGAGUUCAGGGACAAAUUUUGGGGAUCAGGGAAACCUCUAGCCAGCAUGAACCCUGAUGAACUCCUUAAAACUGUGUGGUCCACUAAAGCAAAUCAGUUCACAGGGAUGGACAAGAGCGGAGAUGCCUGCCCGUCGUCUUCUUCAGCCCAUCGCCAGUCGAGUUCGAGUUUGGCUCGGGCUAUGAGCGCGAAGACAGUUGAUGAGCUGUGGAAGGAGAUCGGUCAGCGGAGAGGAUCCGAUGGUGGAGAUCAGAAACUCGGGGAGAUGACUCUGGAGGAUUUCUUGGUACGAGCCGGACUUUCUGGUGAAACUUCUAGGAGUCCUUCCAUGGAAUUGGAGCUUAGUGCAGAGGAGGGAAGCCCGCUGGAUUUUACACCUCAAAUCGGGUUAUCAUCAGCUCCUUCUAUUGGCUCCUUAUCAGAUGUAACAACCACAAUAACUAGGAGGAAAAGGGGUGACCCGGAGGCAUAUGAAAAGGCAAUAGAAAGGAGGUUGCGGAGAAAAAUCAAGAACAGGGAGUCUGCUGCACGGUCUCGAGCUAGAAAGCAGGCCUAUCAAAAUGAGCUGGUGAGCAAAGUUUCACAUCUAGAGGAGGAAAACAUUAGGCUUAAGAAAGAGAAGGAAUUUGAUGUGAGAUUCCCUUGUGAAUCAUCAGCAAGUUCAAAGUAUCAGCUUCGAAGAACCAGUUCAGCCUCCCUUUGACUUCUAUUUGUUAUACCUUCAAAGUCUCACGCCGGUUAUGUUAAGCUACUUGGUGUUAGCCGCUGCGAUAUGACUUUUGGAAAGGGCUGAUGAUCCCUUCUGCUGCUCGUUAGUGCUGGGAGUCUAAAUGCAUGCAAUGUUGAACCUGCCAUGUCUGCAAGUUUGGGCAAUGUUCAAUCCGCUUGAUGACGAUGAGCUUACGAGCAAGAGGAAUCUUUGGCUUAUGCAAGUUGCCGUGAAUGAUAGUUUCGCCUAAAAUACAGAAUGAUAAACCAAUUAAGGAGUCCCAUAGUUGCAAGAGAAGGCUGACGAUGAGAGUGUGUAUUUCAAUAUCCAAUCUCUCGGGAUUUUAUCGCUCGAAUGUGUUGUUUUUAUCAGGUAUGAUGGUAAUGCAUAUAAUAUGAUGCAGAGGUUAUUGAGCUUUUCUAACCAACAAAA